GCGCGGCCAGGUAGGCAGCUCCCCGGCAACCUGGCGGCCCGGGAGGCUCGGGCGCGCAGCAGCCGGCCUCGCCAGGGCCCUAGGGACGGGGCAGGGAGGCGACCCGCCCGGAGCAGCCUGGGCGCGCUCACCAUGGGGAGACGCCUCAAGUUCCUGCAGAAACUCGCCUUCUUGGGCCAGUACCACCGGUACCAGGUGCUGGAGAAGGACGAGGUAGAGACCCUGAUUGAAGAACAGAAUGAGUUGAAAGCCAUUGAAAAAGAGAAGACGGUCACAGCUCUGCCGCCCAGGGAAGCUUGUAAAUGCAGCAAGGAGGAUCUGGCCAGAGCCUUUCAUGUGGACCUGGACAGCGGCCUGUCAGAGUUCGCCGUGACCCAGCGCAGGCUGGUCCAUGGCUGGAACGAGUUUGUUGCUGACAACGCAGAACCAGUGUGGAAGAAAUACCUGGAUCAGUUCAGGAACCCCCUGAUCCUGCUGCUGCUUGGCUCAGCCGCCGUGAGUGUCCUCACCAACGAAUACGAGGACGCCGUCAGCAUCGCCCUGGCUGUACUCAUCGUGGUCACUGUCGGCUUCAUCCAGGAGUACAGGUCAGAGAAGUCUCUGGAAGAGCUGACCAAGUUGGUGCCUCCUGAAUGCAACUGCCUGAGGGAUGGCAAGCUCCGGCACAUACUCGCACGAGACCUGGUUCCUGGAGACAUCGUGUCCCUCUCCAUUGGAGACCGGAUCCCAGCAGACAUCCGACUCACUGAGGUCACAGACCUCCUCGUGGAUGAAUCCAGUUUCACAGGAGAAGCUGAGCCUUGUGGCAAGACGGACAGCCCGCUGACGGGUGGUACAGAUCUCAGCACCCUGAGCAACGUGGUCUUCAUGGGGACUCUGGUGCAGUGUGGGAAGGGCCAGGGGGUCGUGAUUGGAACUGGGGAGCGGUCUCAGUUUGGAGAAGUGUUCAAGAUGAUGCAGGCUGAAGAGACACCUAAAACUCCACUGCAGAAAAGCAUGGACAAGCUGGGCAAGCAGCUGACAGUGUUUUCAUUUGGCAUCAUAGGUCUCCUCAUGUUGCUGGGCUGGGUGCAAGGCAAGCCACUCCUCAGCAUGUUCACCAUCGGGGUCAGCCUGGCAGUGGCGGCCAUCCCAGAAGGGUUGCCCAUCGUUGUCAUGGUGACACUGGUCCUGGGGGUGCUUCGGAUGGCGAAGAAGCGGGUCAUCGUGAAGAAGCUUCCCAUUGUGGAGACUCUUGGCUGCUGUAAUGUCAUCUGCUCUGAUAAGACAGGGACUCUGACAGCCAACGAGAUGACAGUGACCCAGCUCGUCACGUCUGAUGGGUUCCACGCAGAGGUCAGUGGAGUCGGGUACAAUGACCAAGGGACUGUGUGUCUCCUCCCGUCCAGGGAGGUAAUCAAGGGAUUCAACAAUAUCUCCGUAGGGAAGCUGGUGGAGGCAGGCUGCGUGGCCAACAACGCUGUCAUCCGGAAGAGCACAGUGAUGGGACAGCCCACAGAGGGGGCCCUGAUUGCCCUGGCCAUGAAGAUGGACUUAAGUGGCAUCAAAGAUUCGUAUGUGCGGAAAAAGGAGAUUCCCUUCAGCUCGGAGCAGAAGUGGAUGGCAGUAAGGUGCAGCUCGAAGUGCGAGGAUCAAGAAGACAUCUACUUCAUGAAGGGGGCCUUUGAGGAAGUGAUCCAUCACUGUACCAUGUAUAACAAUGGAGGCAUUCCCCUGCCUCUGACACCCCAACACAAGUCCUACUGCCUGCAAGAGGAAAAGAAGAUGGGGUCACUUGGUCUGCGGGUGCUGGCCCUGGCAUCUGGGCCGGAGCUGGGGAAGCUGACUUUCCUGGGUCUCGUGGGAAUCAUCGACCCCCCCAGGGCUGGUGUGAGGGAAGCCGUGGAGGCUCUCUCCGCAUCUGGUGUGUCAGUGAAGAUGGUGACAGGAGAUGCUUUGGAGACAGCCCUGGCUAUAGGAAGAACCAUCGGCCUGUGUGAUGAGAAGCUGAGAGCCAUGUCCGGGGUGGAGGUGGAGGGCACAGAGCAGAGUGCACUGGCGGCCCGCGUGAGGCAGGUGUCUGUAUUCUUCAGGACCAGCCCAAAGCACAAGGUCAAAAUCAUAAAGGCAUUACAGGCAUCGGGGGCAAUCGUGGCCAUGACGGGGGACGGUGUGAAUGAUGCGGUCGCCCUGAAGUCUGCGGAUAUUGGAAUUGCCAUGGGACAGACAGGGACAGAUGUCAGCAAAGAGGCUGCCAACAUGAUUCUGGUGGAUGAUGAUUUCUCGACUGUCAUGAGCGCUGUGGAGGAAGGCAAGGGCAUCUUCUAUAACAUCAAGAACUUCGUCCGCUUCCAGCUGAGCACGAGCAUCGCAGCCUUAAGCCUCAUCACACUGUCCACAGUGUGCAAUCUGCCCAACCCUCUCAACGCCAUGCAGAUCCUGUGGGUCAACAUCAUCAUGGAUGGGCCACCAGCACAGAGCCUCGGAGUGGAGCCUGUGGACAAAGACACCCUGCGGCAUCCUCCACGCAGCGUCAGGGACACAAUCCUGAACCGAGCCCUGGUCCUGAAGGUGCUCAUGUCUGCUGCUGUCAUCAUCGGCGGGACCCUCUUCAUCUUUUGGAGAGAGAUUCCAGAAGAUGGAGCCAGCACCCCACGCACCACCACCAUGACCUUCACUUGUUUCGUGUUUUUUGACCUCUUCAAUGCCCUGAGCUGCCGCUCUCAGACCAAGCCGAUAUUUGAGAUUGGCUUUUUCCGGAACCGCAUGUUCCUCUUCUCGGUUCUCGGGUCCAUUCUGGGACAGCUGGCCGUGAUCUACGUCCCACCCCUGCAGAAGGUCUUCCAGACAGAGAGCCUGCAAGCACUCGACUUGUUGCUGUUAACUGGCCUGGCCUCCUCCGUCUUCAUCUUGUCAGAGCUGCUCAAGCUGUGUGAAAAGUUCUUCUCCCAAACCAGGAGCACCCAAAGGCUCCCUGAGGCCGUGUAAAGGAACCUCUGGGUCACAACCCAUGACCUGUCCGUAUGCAUCUGGGGCCAGCCCCCUCUGAAAGGCAGAUUUUAGAACCAUGCAGCAUCAGGAGCCUGGCUCCAUGUGUCCUCUUGGGAACCCUGCAGGCCCUGUCUGUCCCUCCAGCCCUCCCCUGCUGGGUUCUGGGAUGCACAGGGAGGAACUAACUCAAACCGCACUAUUUAUUAAACCACUGUGGUUUUUAUUUAACCCCGUCUGUCUGCACAUCUGUGCUGUGGUUGGAGCAAUGCAACCCUGUGUGACUGCAUGUCACUGCAAGCAGGAUGGCCACACUGUCCUCGUCCUAAGAUGAGGGUUUGGGAUGGUUCCAGAAAGCACUAAGCCUCAUGAUGGAUUUGGGAUUUAAUUUCCACACUCAAAUCAUACUUGUGGAUUUUUGUUUCAUGUAAAAUCUGGUGUUAAAUAGACAAGGUGCUGCCAGUGAACAAGGGACGGUAUCCUGGACCAAAACUGCGCAGAGCAGCAGCCUCAGCAGUCGACAGCACAUCACAGUGCCAAGGUAGAAAGCUGGUUGAGUGCAUGCACACCUCUCCUCGGAUGCUAAAAGAAUCGACAGAAUUCAGCACCACCUCCUGACAAAAACAGCUCAUGAAACACAAAUGGCUGCUCCGGUCACCCCCCAAAAAUACAGAUAUGAAGCAUCUCAAAGCAAACAUCAGCAUCAAGACUUACAAGGAAAGACCCAACAGUCUCCGUGGAGGUCAGGAAGGAGGAGUGUGUCACACAAUACCCCCAGCUACUCAGAGCCUGAAGCAGGAGGAACAAAACUUCAACAUCAGCCUGGGCAACUUAGCAAGACCCUGUCUCAAAAUAAAAUGGAGUGGGGGAUGGCUCAGAGGUUAAGAGCACUGGCUGCUUUUGCAGAGGACUGGUUCUGUCCCCAGCAGAACCAUUUAUAACUCUGGUUCCAGAGAAUCUGAUGCCCUCUUCUGGCCUCCUCAGGAAUUGCACACAUUUAGUGCAAUUGCACACAUGCAGGCAAAAUAUAAACAUAAUUUUUAAAAGAUGGCUGGGGCCACAGCUCAGAGGUAGGGAGCUUGCCUAGCAUGUAUGAGGCCUGGGUUAAGUCCCCAGUACUGCAAAAGAUACGAGAGAAUGGGUAAAGCCAUUAGAAGAAUAAAACUACACCCUCCACGAGAAUCCAGUUUAGAAAAACAAUCCCGGUGGCUGCCAGGGGAAGCUAGAACCUGCAGUGUGGGUGCUGGGGUCCCUCCCAGACCUCCCUCUCAAACAGGGAGUGGAGCCCCAGCUCCUGUGUCCUGAGAAGCCCCAGGUGACUCUGAGACAUGCUCACAGCUUACAGGGGGUGGUCACUGGAUGAAAAGGUUCAGGAAGGUCACAGAGACACAUCACAAGAUUCAAGUCUUGCUGUACUCAUUGACCCUUGGUUAAGGAAAACGUCCACCCAGGCUGGAGAGAUGGUGCAGCAGUUAAGAGCACUGGCUGUUCUUGCAGAAGAGCCGGGUUCCAUUCCCAGCACCCACAUGGUGGCUAAAAACCACCCGUAACUCCAGUUCCAGGAGGAUCUGAUGCCCUCUUUUGCCUCCACAGGCACUGCACAACACAGGUGCACUUACAACACAUGCAGGCAGUACACUCAAAAAUAUUUUUAAAAAAUAGAAAAAAGUCUGUUUAUAGUUCCUGAAAAGACAAGAGCUUACCUCACAAACCCAUAGCUGCUGAGGCUGGACAGAAGAUUCAAUCAAAUUAAUGAAAUUCAUUAAUGUAGCUGAACCAUCCUGAAACUAUUAACUCUGUGUGCUCCUGUGAGUGGGGUGGGGGUGGUGCAUAUGUGUGGUCUGUUUGUGGGUGUUAGGCAUGUGUGUUGGUAUGUGUUGUGUAUGCAUGUGGUAUGCAUGUGUGGGGACAUGUAUGUGUUGUAGAAUGUGGGGGAAUGCACAUGCAUGUGUGUGUGCCCAUGGAGCCAGAGGUUGAAGCUGGGUGUCUACCUCUCACCACCACAUUGAGACACAGUCUCUCAUUUGGCCAGAGCUUGCCAAUCGGCCCCAAGGAUCCUCCUGCCUCCACCUCCAUGGUGCUGGACCUACAGGCACAUGCCGCUGCACCCAGCUUUUUACAUGGGUGCUGGAGUUCCAAACUGAGGAUCUCCUGCCAGUGAGCAAGGUCUACCAUGAGCCAGCCCCCCAGCCCGGUGUGGUGGUGUUUCAGUGCAGCCUCAGGCCCAUGCUGUUUGGACCAGCCCCGGGGACUGCAGGCCCCAGCCUCUGACUUUUUAAAAAGUAGUCACCGUGGCACCAAAGUUCAGAGAAAAGCAAACGUGAGGACACUCCAAAAUGGUGGGAGGGAAAACAGCCCUUUACCAUAAAAUUCCAGUGUUAAAACACAAGAAGAGACCUAAAUUCACUAGAAAUUCAGUUGACAGAAGCAUUUUAAGUGGAGAAAGGACAACAUACCAUUUAAUAGAAAAGGUUUCGGGCUGGGGAGAUGAUCGGCCAGUGAAAAUGCUAGUUGUGCAAGCCUGACAACUCUAGCUUGAUCCCUGGAACCCACGUGAAAAAUUCCAGACUGGUGCACACCUGCGAUCCCAGCAUCCUACAGUGAAGAGGGAGCCAGAGCCAGGAGAGUCACCCAGAAGUUCGCCGGCCAGCUAGCCUGGAGUACACAGCUCAGCAGCAGAAGAACCUGCCUCAACAAGGUGGGAGCCGAGAGCCGAGUCCCCAGAGUUGCCCGCUGGCCUCCACACACAUGCUGUGGCACAUACACACAAAUUAAUUUUAAAGUAUUUUAAAGGUAUUGAAACUUUAGGAGUAAGAUGAGAUCUAUUUUUAAAAAACACUUUGGACAAGACAAUGAUUUAGAAACAGAAACCAUAGAAGUA